UACAUCUUCAGGUUCAUUAUCAAGUUCAGAGUCUGUCCAUACAAUUUCAUCAUCAGAAGAUAUUUCAGAAUCUUCUUCAAAAAAGGAGGAAUCUUCAACAAUAAAUGGCUUAUUUUUUGAAGAUAUGUUUAAUUAUACCAAAUGA